AGUGCGAAACUUCAGGUAAAACGGUGUUGUGCUCUCAAAUAUUUAACUAUUAAUUGGUCGCUGCAGUAGGUUGCGAUGGGUGACACCGGCGAAAAUGGGCAGUCGCCGUUGUGGCACGAAUUUGAUCAGUUUCUGGCGUACAUCGCGGUAAAUCCGGGACAUCGCCCGCUAGCGUUGGAGCCAGGAGUCGGCGGCGACAGCAGCACCGACGCCAUGGACGUGUUGGAGGUUAGGUCCGUCGACUGGCAAACGGCACAGAAUGCUGAUGAGAUGCAAGCCGGUCAGCAGCCCUCGGAGGAUACGUUGACGAAGAGUUUGUCUAUGGACUGCGAGAAUGAGGAUGCAUUCGGCUCGUGGAACAGCUUCUCGGAUGCUUUGCACGAGACGACGUUGAAUUUACCGGCGACCCAGAGCCCUAAGACCGGUUACGCCGAUGAAUUGCAAAAAUCGAUCGGUGCGACAGCUGAACUGGGAACGUCGAUCGUCGAAAAGCCAACGAUCAAAGAAAUAGCGAUAAAUGGUGAAAUGGUUAGCGUACUCAACACCGAUGGCACACGGAAACGCAAGCGGUCCUUGGAUAAAAGUUCAAUCAAACUGCUGAUGAAGCUAGCAUCCAGUAUUACCGACCGGCAACCGACAGACCACGCAGCCGAUGAAAUACUAAACUCACAAAAGAAAAUGAAAUGUGACGUGGUUGAGGAAGUUCCGCAUGAUUUCAGUAAGCCGGAUGGCAGUGUCUCGUCUGGAGAUUUCCAGAUAAAAUCGGAUAAUACUCUCGUAGCGUUUACUGUUUCGGAAUUUGAUGCAAUGUGCAAAUCUGCAAUCACCCAUGCUGCAUUAGAAGAGCACGCUGGUCGCCGUUUCCCUAGACACAGGGUAAAGCUAAACCUUCAACCGGUGCUUGUACAUAAUUCCGGUUCGAAUCCGGAGGUGGCGUAUCACAUUGUGCAACUGCGCCGUGGUAAGCCAAAAUCAAGGAAAAAAAUGUUGGAAGCACAAGACCCGUCUCUGGUACCACCAAUGCAAAAGCGAAAGCAAAUGGAUGACAAUUCUACUGAGGUUGUUCAAAGAAAGAAAAUGAAGAAAGACAUACCACUGCCGCUCUCUGCGCCUAGCAUGACAAAAUAUCGUGAAACGAGUGCCAUACCUAAGAGAGCAAUCAAUGAAAAGCACCGUAUGAAGACUCGUGCGAUCAAAGUGGAUGUCACACCCUCAACCAGUGGAACAAUUAUCUCUCCAGAAGCAGAAUUGCCUAAACAGACAGUUGAUGGUCGGCGUCAUCCAAACGUUCCUUCGAAGUACCGAUGCGGCACAUGUCACAAAACCUAUCUUGGCAACCGUAUGCUACAUCAUCAGGCCGCAAACCCGACUCAUCUCACGGUGGCACAGCUGGAAGGCGAAACUUCCAAAAGUAGCCGAGAGUGUGAUGUGCAGUCAUUAGUCACGACAGAAUUGGCACAAACCCGGAGUGAUAAUGAGCAACCGCCUGGUCGCCUGAAACAAUUGAUACAAAUCGUCUCAGCUGAACCGGAACCCAAUCGUUCCCGUCUGAUGCAAGAGUUUUGGCAGCAAAUGCGUGAUCUGACACCGAAUCUCACUGGCGUUGCGGACCAUUCAAACAUCGACAAAAACGAGCAAAACAAAACGCUGCCCCAGAACGUACAGCAUAUGGUGCAGGCUGAACAGGACAAUUCUGCUCCCGGGGGACCAGUGAUGGGAGGCGGCUUGGUGCGACCAAAUGUAUCCCGAGCGAUGGAGGUGAACACAACGCCACUUGGAAGAAUGGACACGCCGGCUGCACUGUCAAACUGUAUUUUGGAUGAACUCUUGGUUGCUUCCGGUAUGCAAUUGUUGGACGACCUCAGUGUUUUGGAAUUAGAUCAGCAUGAUCUUUUCUAGUUCCAUUUUUUUGUGAAUGUUUUAGGAAACAGUUAGGAUUGCCAGUCAAUCGAAGAGCUGAGCAGUGGUUUAACUGGCAAGCUCAGUGAAAUAAUUGUUGAAGUACCCACUUUCUAUUAGCAUGUACCCUUGUGCCAUAAGCUGCACGCAAUGUGAAUCUGUACCUGAAUUUGCAGUGCUACCCAGAAUUUAAAAAAAAAACAGCAGUUUAUUGUUUGCAUGUUUUAGAAGCUUGUCACGAGUUGUAAUUGGCAAAGGCACACGCUGCAUGUACGUGUUAACGGUCGGCUACGACAAAUUAAGGUACUUCUGAGAAUAGUUGGUGGGAAAAGGAGAGAAGUAUUAUAAUCCAGUAAGUGCGUUAAAGUAUGAAAAUGUGAAAUUAACUGCGGAACCUUAACUCUGAUCUGAACCCUGCGAAGUUUACGGUAGAGUAUAGAAUGAAAGCAAUUAGAUUGCUUUCGUUUGAAUGUGAUCCUAGAUGAUGACUGUUCCUUUAGAGUUGCAGCGCGCGAUAGGCGUUCAAUUGAUUUGGGAUGACAUAGGAAGCGAAAUUUCAAUUAAUUGCAGAAGGAAGAUUGAACAUGUUUUGCUGUUUUGAUUCCAGUUAGUAACUGUGAUGAAAAAUAUCUGUACAUUGAAAACAUCCAUUCCUCCUGAAAUGUUUAUGAUAGAUGUGAAUGGUUCAGGCACAGGCAAGACAGCAGAAUUUUUGUAUUUGUAGUAAUUAAUUUGGAAAAGCGAUGGGUAGAACGAAUAGUAUUAGCAUUUAUUUUUUUAUAGAUUGAUCUCCUAGCCGAUUCUGGUUUCUUAAUUAAUAAACUAUUAAACGUACUGAA